AUGUCGUAUCAACCGUACAAUCAACCACCGCCAUACGGAGUUCAACAAAACUAUCCACCUCCAGGAUCAGCUGUAGGUGUUCUGUACUUAGGGGCUGGGGGAAACCUAUAAUUAAAUGUUUACAGGGAUACAUUCAACAACAGCCAGGAUAUUAUCCGCAAGGACAACCGGGGUAUUAUCCACAGCAGCAACCACAAGUCGUGUGAGUUUUUUUCGUGAUUCAUAACCGUUCAAGCGUGAAAAAAUAUUCGAUUGAUUUUUUGUCCAAAAGCAAAGAGGAUCGCCAAAUUAAAGGUACACCGUGCAAACAACCGUGAUUUUCUGUCCAAUUCCUUCUCAGAAAUCGAGUUAGAUAUGCAGGUUCUACCGUACAUCAUAUGCCUUUAAAAAAUAUUCUGUACACCCCAGCCAACUUCCAAAUUUCCAGAGUUGUCGAGGAACGUCGUCGUGGCGGCGGCGGUGGUGGAAGUGACAAUUGUUGUCUAGUCGCCCUAUUAGCAUGCUGUGCUGGUUGUUGUAUUGCCGAUUGUUGUGACUAA